AUGAAUAUUUGCGAUUUACUGAAUCAUGACGAAAGAGAAGAACAACAGCAACAGCAACACUGGAAUAUUCAGAGUCAACAGGAGCAAAUGCCAAUGAUACAUCAUCGGAAUCUACCAAAUCCUAAUCAAGCGGGAGGUUAUCACCAUCUUCAUUAUAAUUUUACUAAUAACCAUGCUGAAAUUCAGCAUCAGCAUAUGGAUUUUUCUCUACCUUCAUAUAAUCAACAAAAUCCUCGUUAUCGACAGCAAUCGCAAAAUUCAUUGUCAUCGACAGAAGAAAGAAAAUUACAUCAAGAAACAGCAGAAAGGAUUUUACGAUUGUUCGUUUGCCCUGCUUGUAAUCGAUUAUUCACCGAUCCGGUUACAUUGUCAUGUGGAAAUACAUUUUGUCGGAAUUGUUUCAAAUAUCAAUGUCCUGACAUCCAUUGUGGACGCCGACAUUCAUUACUAGAGACACGAACAGAUGUCACUGUGUCAAAACUUACUGAACUAUGCGUGUCUCAAUUAUCCCAAUUUAUUCCAACGGCACAACAUCGUCGAUAUCUUCGUCAUCUAUUACAGCAACAACAAUUUCAACGAAAUUUUGCUAAUGACGAUGAUGACCGAGCUUUUAUCUAUCUUCAAAGACAUUUUGAAAACGAAGAAUCAGACGAUGAAAAUGACCGCUUAAUGCAUAACAAUGGUAUUAAUGGUCCUUUUGCUAAUUCCGGUAACAACAGCAAUGACAAUAAUUUUAUCCAUACAAGAUCGAACUCUGCAUUUGAUACCGAAGCAUUGUUAUCACUGAAUCUGGCUAAGCUGAAACAAUCAAUAUUAUCAGAAUUAGAUUGUCAAGUUUGCUAUUCUCUGUUGAUUGAUCCAAUUACAACACCUUGUGGACAUUCAUUCUGUAAACCUUGCUUGACGAGGUCAUUUGACCAUAAUAAGACAUGUCCAAUGUGCCGACAUCAAUUACAUAUCUCUUACACUUUUUUAACCAACCAUCCGGCAAACAAAACAAUAACCUUAGUUUUGGAAUCAUUAUAUCCCAAUCAAUAUGAGGAAAGACGUCUAGCUGUUGAACAUGAACUUUACGACACGAUGGAGGAUACACCGAUAUUCGUGUGUAGCUUGAUCUUUCCAAAAAUGCCUUGUUUCUUGCAUGUAUAUGAACCGAAAUAUCGAUUAAUGUUAAGAAGAUGCUUGGAGUCAAAUCAGCGUCAUUUUGGAAUGGUCUUACCCGAAAGGAAUGGACAAGGAUAUAAUGAAUAUGGUACAAUCCUGGAAAUUAGAUCAGCUGAAUUCCUCACGGAUGGCAGAGCUCAAGUCGAGACAGUGGGUUUAUAUAGAUUCCGAGUAUUAGAACGAAAUCAAAAAGAUGGAUACAACGUAGGAAGGAUAGAAAGAAUUGAUGAUAUUGAUCCUGAAGAAGAGGAUGAGCUUGAAAGGCGUGAUUUAGAAGCCGCAGCAAUCAACAAUUCAAAUCCUGCAAACCCACCAAUGAACGAACAACCAACCGCAAGAUUAAUAAGUUUAGCACGUGAAUUCAUUGAUAGUCUAAGAAAUGGUGGAGCUCCGUGGCUACUACAACGUUUGAAUUCCACAUAUGGGGAGAUGCCAGAUGAUCCAAGUGAUUUUUCUUUUUGGGUCGCUAGCGUAAUUCCCAUCGAUGAAUAUGAAAAAUCUCGAUUAUUGGAGUUAAGAUCUGUACGCGAACGUCUAAAGAUUAUUAAUCUAUGGAUUACACAACUUAGAGAACAGUGGUGGUUUGCACGCGGAUGUUGUGUUUCAUAA